AUGCCUUUCAAACCCUAUAUGGCUUUCAAGCCCAAGCUUACCACUAUCGUCGAGGAAGACGAAGAAACCCCUCCCCCCCCUGGCACCAUCUGGCGUGUUUAUUGUCCCCUGUGCUGCCCGAUCUGCAUUCGUAACCGAACAUGCAAGACUGUUCUUCGAGAGCAGGCAAAGGCUAAAAGAGCUGCAAAGCUCAAGGCCAAGAUCAAGAUUAAGGCCAAGGGUGUUGACGUCCCCAAAGCUGGUCACCCUGGCGAAACCUGCGGAAAGGUUUGGGAGGAUGGCACCGGUCACUACACCAUGAAGCUUUGGGACGGUCACGAUCAUCCAGGCGCCGCAGAGAACGUCUGGUACUUCAAAGGCCUCAGCGGCCCCGAGAUCGCGCUCUUCGAGAACAUCUACGCCGACGGCCUGCCUGAGUUCACCGACGAGGACCGAGCCAAGCUCAACGCCAACGCCAUGGGCUGGUUUGACGAGCAGCUGGAUCGCGUGCUGGACAACGAGGAUCGGGAGACCUUCGAGGAUGAAGUAGCCCGUCUCGAAUCUAUCGAAAUCGACUGA